AUAUAUAAAGAAUUUACUCGUUAAAAGUAAGACGAGGUGUUUUUAUUUUGGUACAUUUAUGUAAACAGGCGUCAAAGUUACUGCUUUGAAUACUUUAUAUAUUUACAAGUUCGCAUCUGAGUAAAUAAGGAAUGAUAUUCACUGCUGAGUGCUGACUGAAUGUAUAACCGUAUUUAAAUUCGAUUAGUAUUAUAAUAUCAGUUACACGUAGGAGAUGUUGGUGGUUUUGGCAAUAUGUAUCGUAGCCGUUUCAUUAUUUUACCACCAUUUCGCUAAAUAUAAUAAUUACUGGAAAGAAAGAAAUGUUGCUGGGCCAGAGCCAACAUUUUUCUUCGGAAACAUAAAAGACCUUGCAUUAAAGAGAAGAUCAGCCAUUGAAGUAUAUACCGACAUUUAUGACAAAUAUCCGAAUGAAAAAGUCUUAGGAAUAUUUAGAAUGAGGUCUCCAACUUUAUUGGUGAAAGACGUCGAGAUCAUAAAGCAUAUCUUAAUAAAAGAUUUUGAAAACUUUACGGACCGUGACGUGGACUUCGCAGAGGAAGGAAUUGAUGCAAAUCUGUUCUCUUUCAACGGCAAUACCUGGCGAGCACUGCGACAACAUUGUACCUCCAUUUUCACAUCUCGAAAGCUAAAAAAUAUGAUGUAUCUUAUCACGGAACGUGGGGACAAACUUAUAGACUAUAUUGAGAAAAUAUCGAAAGAACAACCGGAUCAGGAAGUUCAUGGAAUCGUUAGAAAGUAUACUCAAGGUUGCAUUACCUCUUGUGCCUUCGGUCUUGAUAUUGACACAUUUGAUAGUAAAUUUGAUAUAUUUGAAAAACUUGAGCCUAAAAUUUUUUCUACUAACUACAGGCUUGAGCUCGAAAUGAUGUAUCCCGGUAUAUUAAAACGUCUAAAACUGUCUAUUGGAUCCCAGGAAGUAAGUGAUUUCUUCUUUCGUUUAACAAAAGAUGUCAUAUCUCAAAGGAAUGGUAAUCCAAGUGAUAGGAACGAUUUUGUAGAUUUGAUGUUGAGUCUUAGGAAAGCGAAACAAAUUUCUUUCCCAGUUAAAGGAACUGAUGCUGAAACGACAGUGGACAUAACUGAUGAUAUUAUGGCCGGUAUGAUGUUUAUAUUUUAUGCAGCAGGCUAUCAAACUAGUGCUCUUACGAUGUCUUACAUAUUACACUACUUAGCAAGGAACCCAGGUAUCCAAGAAAAAGUUGUCACAGAAAUAAAGCAAGUGUUGAAAAAAAACGAAGGAAAGUUGACGUAUGAAGCUGUCUCCAACCUCAAAUAUAUGGGUCAAGUGUUCGACGAAACAUUGAGGCUUCAUCCGGUGACAGAUCACCUUAGACGACGCGCUUUAAAUGACUACAGAGUACCCGGCACAGAUUUGACAGUGAAAAAGGGACAGAUAUUUAUAAUCCCAAUUCCUGCGGUGCACAUGGAUCCUAACAACUAUCCUGAUCCUACAGUAUUCGACCCAGACCGAUUCUCACCUGAAAACGUAGCAUCGAGACAUUCGUGUGCUUACUUGUCCUUUGGACUUGGACCUAGACAUUGUAUUGGCUGGCGCUUUGCCCAACUCCAGUCUCGUGUUGGAUUAGUUAAGCUACUCUCUACUUUUCGUGUGGAGCCGUGUAGUCAGUCACUGAAAAAGUUUCAGUACCAGACCAGCUUUCUCAUGACCCCUAAAGGCGGAGUUAAAUUAAACUUUACUAAGAGGUUGCAUUAGCGGUUACUGCACGGGAACUAAUAUCUAAAUUAUGCUUAGUAGAGCAAAUUUUGCAACAUGUAUGAUUUUGAUUAUUCAUAUUCCAUGUUUUUAUAGUAGGUAUGUAU